AUGGAGAUACUGUACAAGCAAAAGAUGGAAACAGGCCUUAAUACAAUAAAGAGCGAGACCGUAAAGCAAGUACGGUGGGGUGCCGUGAGUGUGCUGGAGUUUGACGUGAGCUACAACGCCAGCGCCGUGCCGGAAAGCGGCGGUCCACCUGUGGGUCUUAUUGGGCAGCCAACAUACCACUCGUACUCGAUACUUCCAGUCGAAGAUGACGCAAAUGUUACAGACAGUGAAUACGAAGGUGCGGAAUCCGAUCGGGACACUGAAGUUGCAAUGUUGAACGCGCCGCGGUCUUUGGGCUAUAGUCGUCGUAAUCGCAAACAAUUGUGGUUGAACCCGAUGGAGCGUGCACGCAUUUUGGCGGAGGAUCAGGCGUUUGCAAUGGAUGACAUUGCAUUGAUCUGUCAAGACGUGCGGGCGACUUUGGAUUUGCGCGCGAUCUCACGGUGGGAUGAGGUGACAGAGUUGCUGAAGGUUUCACGUGCCCCACGGCAGGACGCAAAUCUACUUCGGUGCGAUAUUGUCUACGGUUCUUCACGAGAAAAAGUGCUGCUGUACUAA